CAAUAAUUCUCCGUACUCAGACUGCCCUUUCAUAAAUCUCAUUUAAUUCCCCAAGAAUUAACCCUUCUGUUACUCUCCUUUCCCUCAGUUUCUUUCUUCUCUUUUGGUUUUUUUUAAUUCUUUUUCUCUGUUUUUUUUAUUAUUUUGGGUUUGAUUGGAUCGAAUAUGUCCAAGAUUAUUCUGGUGACCGGCGGAGCCGGUUAUAUUGGGAGCCACACGGUGUUGCAGUUGCUCUUAGGCGGUUACAAAGCGGUGGUUGUCGAUAAUCUCGACAAUUCCUCCGAUGUUUCCAUCAAAAGAGUCAAAGAACUCGCCCGUGAAUACGCCAACAACCUUUCUUUUCAUCAGGUGGACCUUCGGGAUAGACCAGCUAUCGAAAAAAUUUUUGCUCAGACAAAGUUUGAAGCUGUGAUUCACUUUGCUGGACUAAAAGCAGUUGGUGAAAGUGUAAGUAAACCACUGCUCUAUCAUGACAACAAUGUCGUAGGGACAAUUAUCCUGUUGGAAGUGAUGUCUGCCCAGGGAUGUAAAAAUCUCAUCUUUUCAUCAUCUGCCACUGUUUAUGGCUGGCCAAAGGAGGUUCCAUGUACAGAAGAGUUCCCGCUGACUGCAGUGAAUCCAUAUGGACGAACCAAGUGUCAUCUAAUCAUAUCUGACAUGAUUGGUCAGCUUUUCGUUGAAGAGAUCUGCCGUGAUCUUCAUAGUUCUGAUUCUAAGUGGAAGAUCAUACUAUUAAGAUAUUUUAAUCCAGUUGGCGCACAUCCCAGCGGCCACAUAGGUGAGGAUCCCCGGGGUACUCCAAACAAUCUUAUGCCUUUUGUGCAACAAGUUGCUGUUGGGAGGCGAUCAGCACUGACAGUGUUUGGAAAUGAUUAUUCAACAAAGGAUGGUACCGGGGUUCGUGAUUACAUCCAUGUUGUUGACUUAGCAGAUGGCCACAUCGCGGCAUUAAAAAAACUAUCUGAUCCAAAAAUAGGUUGUGAGGUUUACAACUUGGGAACAGGAAAGGGAACAUCGGUUUUGGAGAUGGUUUCUGCAUUUGAAAAGGCAUCCGGCAAGAAAAUCCCUCUUAAAAUAGUUGGACGUCGGCCUGGUGAUGCCGAAGUCGUUUAUGCUUCAACCAAAAAGGCCGAGACUGAACUGAAAUGGAAAGCAAAGUAUGGCAUUGAAGAGAUAUGCAGGGAUCAAUGGAACUGGGCCAGUAAAAACCCAUAUGGAUAUGGCUCUUCUCACUCAAAAUAGCUCAGUUUCUAACUUAUUCAUACCACACAAUUUUUUUUUUCAGAUUAUAUUUUAGAUUAUAUUUUUUCCUAAUUCUCUAUUGUUCACAAUUUUUUACACUGUUAAAAUGGGCAUGAAUUACAAUCAUUUUAAUGACAAUAUUCUCUCGUCAUUUUAUA